GGGCUGCGGAGGCGAGGUGGGUGUCACUGCCCCCCAGCGUCACGCGUGGGGCGGUACCGCGGCUCGGGGGAGCCCCGCCGCCCCCUCACUGAGACCCCGGCAGCAGGAGCCCCAGGCGAGGCAUGGAGCCCCCUCCCGAGCGCCCGCGGGACUGCCCGAGCGUGGCGGACACUGCUGCCGAGUUCCUGAGCCUCAUCGGGCUGAAGGAGCUGGAGCGGUGCCUGUUUGCUGAGACGCUGGCAGUGGUGGCCCUGGGGGCCUCACCAAGGGACAAGGCACAGGGCCAGUGGUGGAUGGCAGCCCAGUGGGCACCCUACCAGCAGGAAGGUGCGCCGGUGCAGAGCUGCGUCCUGGUGCAAACCAGGUUCCGAGGCAAGCAGAAUGGUGUGCCUGCCUCCAGCAGCCUCAAAGCCUAUGUGACCUGGCAGCUGGAGACCCUGGAGCAGGAGCAGCAGGAGUGCCUGGAGCUCACACCCCACCCCACCGAGAAGAGGACCCACAUUGUGAGCCACGAGCACGGGAUGACGGUGACCAGAACCCUGCAGGAGGGAGGGGCAGAGCCACAGUGCCACAGCUUCUCGUACGGCCGGGCCAGGCUGCGGGCGCGGCUGCUGGAGGGCGCCAGCCUCCUGCUGCUGCGGGUGCUGGCCCGCCGGCACACAAUGCCCCCCGGCCUCGUCUUCCCAGCCAUCAACAGCGAGGGCGACCUCUGCACCUUCAGCUAUUCUGCCCUGGGCAUCCAGCGGCAGGCGGUGGGCUCGGCAGAGACCGAGGUGUUCGUGAUCCGCCGAGCCGUGCGCGCCAGCACAGGCGCCCCCAGCGUGUGGCACGGCAGCUUCCUGCCCAGCGGGCAUCUGGCCCAGCUGAUGCAGAUUGGCUCCCCGGUGCUGAUGGUUCUCCGGGAUGAGUCCAUCCUCAGCAAGUCAGCAGGUAGGUUUGAGCCCCAGCUCCCCUUCCCCAAAGAACCCCUGGACUGGGAGGAGGACAUGGAGCUCUACUCCUAUUUCCUGGACAGGAAGGAGGAGCUGCAACUCUCCCAUGCUGCCUACCUCCAGCAGCACCCCGAGGUGCGGGCACUGCUGUCUGACUUCCUCCAGGCAUUGCUCCACCAGCAGCCACACGACACCAUCGCCUUUGCCACGGAAUUCUUCGCCCACCAGAGGCCCAUUGGGAGCCCCUUUGCCUCCACUGGUGCUGCCAACCCCCUCCCCAGCUCCUCAGCUGGCCCCCCUCCAGCUAACAGCAAAUAAAGCA